CGCUCCUCCCCACAGCCAACGGCCGCCCUGCGUCAGAGAUAAUCAUCAGCAACAUGUUUGCCGGAUUUCAACCGCGCACAAAAGCAUCACUUGGUCGGAAAUAAGCCACAUGACUCGAGUGUCUGUUCACUGGUUGAAGAUCUGUUGCUGAACAAGACAAGUGUUCUCGUGUUUCGACAUGGAUUACAUUGUAAGUUUUGUGAUUUGAAGGAGAGAUGAAGCUGCUGGUUUGGAGAGGACUACGUAUGUAACGCCGCACUCCAGUGAAAUUUGAAUCUACCUUGAGCAGUAGUCAACAGACGGAGAGAGAUAUGGAAAGACUGAAGCAGCAGCUGGAAACCAAGGAGCAAAUGGAUACCAAAGCCACGGAUUUGGAGAUUCUGGAAAGGCAAAUCUAUGAUUACCUGCACUCGCUCCCAUUUCUUACACAGGAAGAGAAACAGAAGUCAUGGAGCAGCCUCAUCUCUCUCUUCCUCCAGAUUUUUGACAAUGUCUCAAAUAAUUGGAUGAUGAGGUUCCCGAGCAUUUUGCCGUUCUCCAUCGAAGCGUCUCGAGUGAUGGUGCAAACACUCAAACAGAAACUUGCUGACAAACAAGGAGACGAAGCACGCUUCGCUAUUGAGACGUUUCUCCAAAGGAAGCAAGAAGAAGGAAGCAAUGAGGGGUGGCAGUUGCUGCAAACAAUUCACCUGCUAUCAACAGUUGACUCAGAAACACUGAGGGGUAUGGUGAAUACAGGACUGCCCUUAAUUCUUCUAAAAUGUGUGCAUCUCUUCUUUACUUUUCCAUCGGAAAACAAGACUGAAAUAAGGGAAAAGCAAACACAAGAUGAGAGUACAUUAUUUCAAGAAACUAUAACCCAUGUGAUGGUUAACUUGUGCACCCAAGUUUCUGCUGUAGAGGCGAUGAUUCAACAUGAUGACCUUGGGUGUCUUAUUUUAACAGUAGUCUCCCAGUGGGACCGACACCCUUCCUGGAGAAAAUAUACAGCUCAUGUGCUGCGGGCUAUUUCAAAAACACCGACUAAAAAUACUAUCAGAUACCUUCAUGAAGGCAAAUGUGUGCAGGAGUGCAUUCAAAGUUUAUCGGCAAUGGCAGGCAGAAGCUCGGUCUAUGUUGUAGCUCAAGCAGCAGUCAAUGUCAUCUGCUUUGUAAAGGAUUCGUAUCAGGUUUCUGGAGAGUUACUCGCUGAUUUUGAAAAGAAUGAAGGUUACGAACUGCUGACUACGCUGUUGCUCGGGUUUGAUAAAGAACUGGACAAGGAAGAAGAAAAAUCCUUGGAAGAACUAAUUGAUUUCCUGAGUUCCCUCACAACCUAUGGAGAGAGAGAACUGAAGGUGAUACCCUCUGUUACUGGCUCUCAGUUCCCCGGUUUUAAGUUUCAACAGCCACCAAAGUCAGAUACAACUGUGAAAAAUCUUCAGGCUUUCAAAAUUUUGCAAACGGUAUUUUUAAAUUCUAAUUGUUCCCACGUCUCAUCAAUUAUCCUGGACAGAAUCAGGAAGAUCUGGAGCUGGAAUAAAGCCAAUUUCUUCCUUCUGGAAUGGACACAGCAAGUUUUCUUCCAGUUUGCUGAGGUGAUCUACCUCAAGUCAGAGACGGUGCAGAUUCAGUAUUUUGAGAUGCUGCGGUUUGUUGUAUUCGAACUGUCUUACAUACCCCAUGAGGUUUUUUCAAGAGUUCAAGCCAUAAUUCGAGAGAAUCUCUCCCCAGUUUGUGCCUUGCUGGCACUUGAAUGUGUGCUGGAUAUUUCCAAGUACGAUCCAUUGCUCACCGUUGUGUUCCGAGAAACCAGGCUCCUCGAGAUGCUCCUCACACGGCUUCAGAGGCAGGCGAAAAUCCUGAGGAAAGCGGGGAAUAGACCUUCUGAUGACCAGCAGCACCAGAGAGAGGCCUUAAGUUUGAUGUUAAAAGUUGUAGCAACCAUGCUUAAAGGCUCUGUGAAAAACAUCGUGAUUCUUCGAGAAUAUGGGAUGAUCCCCUACAUCAAGAUUUUUCUUGAUGACAAGUCCUAUCGAAGCCAUGCACUAGACAUCUUAGAACAACUGUUCAUUGUAAAUGCAGAGGAGUACAUGCGUGUCGUAAUAGGAGUGUUGUGCUCUGCCACACAGGGAGAAUUCAUGUUGAAACUUGACAUUUUGCAGUCCCUAUUAAAUAUUCUAGGAACGCCAAAGGCUUGCUCUGCAUUCAGGACUGCUGGAGGAUUUAAUGCAUUGCAGUCGGUGUUGGCAGACAUGGAAGGAGCAUUAUGUGACCCGCCUUCAGCCCAGUGGAUCUCAGUGGAUCAGAAUGACAUAUGGUGUCUUAUUGAAAUGACUCUCUGCACUCUAACUGUUGCCAUGCACUCUGACCCUGUCAACAGUUACUUCUUCAGAACACAGGGCCACUUUGACAAAAUGACAGAUGACCUCAGGCUUUUUGGUUGCUUUAACAAUGAAGGUGAAAGGUUAUGUUAUCCAUUGGAUGUUAGCGCCUGCAGAAAGUUCAAGGAGUUCCUAGACUUGGCCGACUGUUCCACAGUGGAUAUUCCACAAUCGUUGAGGAGUUGUGUGAAAAUAUUUGGAUUUCUGGAUCAAAUGGCGAAAGACAGUUUGUCUUCUCCCCAUUGGCUAUCCAGGAGAUUUCAUCCUCCAAAUCCUAGUGAAUCGAACAACCAAAGUGAUGUUCAACAACUAAUGAGGAGACACCACAGUGCAUCCAAUACCAGUGAAAAGACUACAGAACAGCUGGCUGCUGGUGAUCCAGAAGAUAGGUUCCCUGCAGACCCUAUGAUUGUCCACCCAGGUGCUAUUUGUGUCAUGAUGCACCUAUUACCGAAUAUUAACUGCAAAGAAAUUCCACAGCUGUCCCUGGAGCUGCAAUAUGCAAUAGCUGAUUACGUUCUAUCGCUUGUCAAAUCAGAAAGGAGCCGCCAGACCAUGUGUGGAUCUAGCCUUUUGAAGGUCUUGGUGAACUGCUUCAAGGAGGUAUUGGCUGAUAAUUCCAACCCACUACACUUUCCCCUCAUCAGGAUCUUUGAGAAGCUGGCAUGCCAGGCAAUCGAUCCACCAGUCUUGAGAGACUUCUUGCGCCUUGGUGAUCCACUGAAUUGUGCAGUUGGAAAGACCCAGAUGUGUGCUUUAUCUCGUAAACAUCAAACCACUUUGUCCUGGCAUCAGAUUGACUCCAACGAGAGAGGCAGGAAGACAAGCCACUCUCGAAGAGGCUCGCUUUUUAUUCCACUUGCCAAAGCAAAUGACAAUACCACGGCUCGAGUCAUGAGCUUGGUUUCCAUGAUGUCUUCCCGACAUUUCCAUCCAAUAAAAUCAACUGCUGCACCCUCCUUUACAGAGUUUGACAUGUCCGUCGUUGGCUAUGGGUGCUAUUUCUUGCCCACAUUGGCCACAGUGUUGGGGUCUAAUGCAGAUUCUCCAAUUGUCGGUGGAAUUGGGAGUGGUUGCCGGGGGUUUCCACCACCUGUUGGACUGACAUACUCCACGUGGUUUGUGAUUAACAGCUUCAGUUCUGCUUUUGAUGCCCAUCCUGUUCGAUUCCUGACACUCUUCCGACACAUGUCGAAGAUGGAAAAAGAUUACACUUGUUUAUCCAUCAGCAUUUCAGCACCAGGGAACCAGCUGGUCAUUUCCACACAAGAGGAGGUGUUUGAACCAUUGGAAUGGAACACAUCAGAGCAAGCCCAGCAAUCUUCCACAUUAACCACUGUUGAGUUCGACAUCUCCAAGUAUUUGGUUAUCGGUCAGUGGCACCACUUGGCUGUGACACUGAGCAAAGAUGUUCGAAGAAACAGCACUGUCCUCGCCUACUUAAAUGGAAAAGUCAUUGGAACAUCUAAGAUGCAGUACAUUCAGACAUUUCCAGGAAUGCAUUUUUCUUUGGAUUCUUCAGCGGUCAUUGACGUUCAUGGACUUAUUGGAACUCCCCAGAUCUGGAAGCAGAGAUCUUCCUUAGUUUGGCGUCUCGGCCCCACUUAUCUACUUGAAGAGGCGAUUUCUUCAGAGACAGUUGAAGUCAUUUACCAACUGGGGCCAAACUAUUUGGGCAACUUUCAGUCUGUUUAUUUGCCUGUGAAUGAUUUGACCAAUGUGCCAGUGCCUUCAGUUCUUGUGGCAGAGGAGAAGCUAUCCUUUGGUAUCAAUGUAAUAUCUUCAGAUGUGAUGACCAUAAUAGGUAUAAGAAAAAUGUUUAAUGAAGUGGACAGCCGAUUAAUAUCAAGUGAGUUGGGAAUUUCAUCGCGAGAUGACGCAAUGCCCAUUGUUAUGGUGAAAAACACGGCUAGCCAUCUCCAAGGACCCGCGCGAACAAUUGGGGCACCACUUGCAAGCUUCUUUGGAGUCAGAACAUUCAUUUCCAAUCCUGCUGCCAACUGUUUACAAUUCCUCGGUGGUCCUGCUGUGAUAUUAGGCUUGGUUGCCAUGGCGUCUGAUGAUGGUGAAAUGUAUGCAGCUAUUAAAGUUCUGAUUUCUGUUCUGAAUGGCAGUACACUGUGUGAAGGGGAGAUGCAACGCAUUAAAGGCUACAGGCUCUUGGCAUUGCUGCUGAAAAGGAAAACCCGAUUGUUAAAUGCCAGGAUUUUUCAACUUGUACUGACCAUAGUUGGAACCGUGGAGCUGGGCCGAGGAAGCGCAACAAUCCAGAACCAGUGUGCUUUUAGAGAUCUUCUUUGUGAUUUUGAGAUUUGGUUGCAUGCACCUGAGAACCUCGACCUUCUGCUUCUUAGACACUUUGUGGAACUUCUCCGAAGCAGUGAUGGAUGCAGAAAUGCUGAAGUAAUGCACAGACUUCAAGUGGCACAGAGACUUGUCUUUCUUCUGAAUGACCCAAAUAAUACCAGAACAAAGGUUCAUCUCAUACAAGCUAUCCUUGCAGGGUUACUGGAAUGUUGCUUCAGUAUGACAGAUUUUCUCAGGAUUGGACUAUUCCUUACCUACACUUUGCCUCCAGCUUCUAUGAAUGAAACUUUUAUUUCACUGGAAAGAGUUUCUGAUCCAUCAAUAGAUGUCAUAAGUCAAGUUUCUGGAAGGACGAUUUGGCUAAGAAAUCAGCUGUUGAAGAUGCUGUUGGAUGUCUUGUGUUCAGAUCACCUCAGUCUGAAAGAUCAGGAGAAAAUGUUCACAUCUCUGGGGCCUGAUUGGUUCUUCCUCUUCUUGCAAGCUCACCUUCAUCCGACCACUGUGAUCCUGAGCACAAGACUAAUGCUGCAAUUCCUGUACAAUCCGGUGCUGCUGACCAAGUUCAGAGAUGGCAUGGCAGGAAAUGUAUGGUUGGAGAACAGUACGGCAGAGUGCAAUAUCUUAAUGGACAAUAUAAAAUCUCGCCCCCACAACUGCAAUAAGACUCCAUGCUUAAUUCCUGGAUUGGAAAUGAUUCAAAUGUUUUUGAAUCAUCACAUUGCCAUACCUCAGCUGUAUGUGCUCCUGGCCGCAUUGAUCGUACAGAAGCCGCUCAAUGAGAUGCCAGAAGGCGUGGAGUUGGACCUUGACGCCAGGAUGACUUGGCUUCUUGGACAAGUGAGACCAGAUCCAAAGGAAAAGUCCAUAAAAAUCCCAAAUGGAUUGUGCAUUGAAGCUGCUUUGAUACUGCUCGGGAUGGUGAGAGCCAUAUUAAGCAAGCCUAUCUCAGGAACUGACUCGUGGGAGGUCACCUAUCCUGGCAGUGUGAUGCAGUUCUUUUAUCUCACCUACAAUUGGUUCCCAGAUGACCCUCUGUGGAAGUCUGCGGAGUUUCUUCAAGGCCUGGCUGCUGCUGCUUUCCAGGUUGAUGAAUCACCCAGUUGCCCGACUGAUUCAAGAAGGUCGUUGCAGGAAAACCCAAUUUGUAAAGUUGAAGCACAACUCCAAAUGUCAGCCCACCCUGCCCUGAAGCAAGUGAAAGAUUUCAUUCGCAUUCUCCUUCUGGAUACUUUGUUCAACAUUCCUGCAAACAAGCUGCUGCAUCCAGUUGAGAUUCUAGUCGAGGGGUCACCAGAGAAAGCAAGUGAAGAGCAGAAGAAGACAUUCCAAACUGAAAUGUUACUCUUCAUCAUGGACAUUUUUCAUAUCACCACCGAGGAACAUCCUGUGAUGAAGCCCUUAGUCAGAGAAGGUCUGAGUCAGACACAAAGCACUUCUGAGGGGAGCCUGGUUAUACUAGUUGGAAACAUUACCUACUUCAGCCAAAGAAUUGUUGACAAGUUGUAUGCCAGAAUGUUGGAUGUGAACCCUGAACAGAUCCUUCGUUUCCUGACCAAACAGAUUUGUAAGGUAAUGGAACUUGUUUACUCCCAGAAAGAUCACGUUGUGAGCAGCCUUUACAGUAGCCUAAACAGAGCCAUUCUAUAUUGCCUAUCACGACCUAGACAAUCGUCUUCAGAUUUGCUAAUCCUGGUGAAUACUCUGAAGUUCCUGCAAGAACAAUGGGAUGUCAUCUUUGCAACAUACAACUCCAGUUUAUCAUUCAUCAUUUGCCUCAUCCAUUGCCUUUGUCAGAUUAAAACUGGAAGUUAUCCUGACGGCUUUGGAGUGGGAACCGGCAGCAAAAAGGCCUCCUGGAGUUUACAGCCAGCAGCAUACAGUGAACAAUAUGAUGGAUCCUUCGAAUCAUUCCACACACACAAUGUUCAAAGAGAAGUUUUCGAUUUGGUUGAGUGGGUGUGGAAUCAUCUAAUGGCACAGAGAAGACUGGCCCUGGAGGAUUGCUACAAGAUAGACCUCUCCGUAAAGCAAGGGUCCAGCGAGAAGGCUUCGGAAAGAAAGAAUGUCUGCAGUAAAGGUGUCCCAGUACAGCUUCAGCAGAAUAAAACAGAAUGGUUCUCCGAGAGCUUGUCAACGGCUGUGCGUUUGGUGGGCAAGCGGCUUUCAAGAGAGUCUGACGAUUUGACUGCAAAGGACUUCACCAUCAGAAUGGAUGCACAAAGGAAAACCGGACAAGACGUGUUUGCCAGCCUUCACAUAGAACAUAUGCAGAUGCAGAAGUGCAUUCUGAACCGAGCGUCAAAAGACUGGGCCAAGGUUGAACAGCAGCUGCUUCAAGAGAGAGGAUUAUGGGGUCCUUCAUCAGGGUUCCAGCAGGGUGCCUGGAUGCUGGACAUGGCUGAGGGCCCCAGCCGAAUCAGGAAGAAGAUGAGACGACAAACCAUUUGCAUCAAUUAUGCUUACGGUGCAUGUCGAGCCAAACAGGCCAAAAGUGAAAUCAGUGUGAAUCCUGGAAAUGAUCAGUUCUACCUAAAGUUAUGCUCCACAGAUGAACAUGUGGGAAGAACUGAAAACCAACUAUACUCGGCAGGGGAGAUGAGCAUCGAUGAAGAGGGCAUUGACUGCAGUCAGUUAACGUUUUUCCCUGCCCUUGCUGAAAGUGUCCACUCUGAGGAGUUCUUUGAGCAGUGUGUGGAGAGACAAGCCAUUUUCGAGGACCUGGUUGAGAAAGAGAAGAUCAACAUGAAGUUUUCCCUCAUUGUCGCAGAAGACCACUUGUUGAUGGAAAGUGUUCUGCUGUUUGGUAAAAAUCACUUCUACAUCUGUGAGAAUUUCACUCUGUCGUCUUCUGGCGAUGUUUACUGUACCAAGCACCAUCCUUCGAGUAUUAAUGAUUCCUACAUUUACGAUAUGUGCAAUAAAGAGGCUGGUGGGAAAAUUCCAAAAUGUUCCAGAUAUCCUUGGAAUGGUGUUCAAGAAAUCCAUCAUCGCCGCUUCCUCCUUCAGGAUAUUGCAUUUGAAAUCUUUUUAAAGAGUGGAUUUACAAAGUUCCUUGUUUGCCAUAAAAAUGAUAAGAAAAGCAUCUUAAGAAAAUUCUGCAAUAUGAUACCAGCUUUGAAGAAAGGAAAUCCUGAUACCACCAGAAAUCUAGGAAAAACAGUGGUGGAUAAAGGAGUAAUUCAGAAGUGGCAGAAAGGAGACAUGAGCAACUUUGAGUAUCUCAUGUAUCUGAACAGUUUGGCUGGGCGCACUUAUAAAGAUCUAAUGCAGUAUCCAGUGUUCCCCUGGAUUCUUGCUGAUUAUGACUCUGAGGAGUUGGAUCUGACCAAUGCAAAGACCUUCCGUGAUCUCUCAAGACCCAUGGGAGCACAAACAGAGGAGAGGAAAGAUAAAUUCAUCAAGCGAUACAUUGAAACAGAUAAUGAUGGAAACCUGUCUGUAAGGUGUCACUACUGCACUCACUACUCGUCAGCAAUAAUUGUCGCUUCUUACCUUGUCCGAAUAGAACCCUUCACUGAGAUCUUCUGCUCACUCCAGGGAGGGAGCUUUGAUGUGGCGGACAGGAUGUUUUUCAGCAUUAAGAAGGAGUGGGAAUCAUCGUCCAGGGACAACAUGAGUGAUGUGAGGGAGCUGACCCCGGAGUUCUUCUAUCUGCCUGAGUUCCUGCUGAAUCACAACAAGUUGGAGUUCGGUUCCAUGCAGGAUGGGACGACACUGGGAGAUGUGAUUCUUCCUCCUUGGGCUAAAGGCGAUGCUCGAGAAUUUAUCCGACUUCAUCGCAUGGCCUUGGAAAGUGACUAUGUCUCUGCCCAUCUCCAUCACUGGAUAGACCUCAUAUUUGGUUACAAGCAGAAGGGUCCAAGUGCCAUUGAAGCAGUUAAUGUUUUCCAUCCUUAUUUCUUUGAUGAUCAGGUUGAUCUCAAUAACAUCAAAGACCCAAUGAAAAAGGCUACUAUCCUUGGUUUUGCCAAUAACUUUGGGCAGAUUCCUAAACAGCUUUUCAAGAAAGCUCAUCCUGCCCGGAUAAUCCAAGCAAAACAUUCAUCAGGGAAGGACAGUCUCCUGCUUGCCUGCGCCCAGCCCUUCUUCUACCAUCUGAAGAAUCUAAAGCCCUCUGCUGUUCCCGUGUCAGCAUUACUGAACGGAGCUGUUGGACAUAUUGUACUCACUGAGAAGGGAGUUCUUGCUGUAGAGAAGAACACAUUACUGAUGCCACCUCUCUGGAACAAAGCCUUCUCCUGGGGUUAUGAUGACUUCAGCUGCUCGCUGGGAAGCUACAGCACUGACAAGAGCCUGACGGUUUUCGAAUGCCUGUCAGACUGGGGACAGUGCCUGUGUGCUGCGUGUCCAACAUCCACCAUGGUUUUUACUGGCGGAACAAGCAGUGUAAUCUGCGUAUGGGAACUGUCGAGCAGCAAAGAAAAAUUGAACAGCAUGGUGUUGAAAGAGGUUCUUCAUGGACACACAGAAGCUGUCACUUGCCUGGCAGUGAGUUUAUCUUAUAACACGAUUGUGAGUGGAUCAUGUGACAGGACGUGCAUCAUCUGGGACUUUAACACCCUAACAUAUGUCAGUCAACUCCAGCCACAUGAGGCAGCAGUUUCCACAGUUUCCAUCAACAACCUAACUGGGGACAUUGCUACCUGUGCAGGGACACACCUAUACCUGUGGACCCUCAAUGGCCAGCCAAUCGCAAGCAUCAACACGUCCACGGAGCCGGUGAAGCAGAUUUUGUGCUGUUGUUUCACGGAGGCGCAUGAAUGGGAUCCUCACAAUGUUGUUAUAACGGGAUGUUCUGAUGGCACGGUGCGACUAUGGAAGACAGAGUUUACAAGAGUACAAGUCUCCGGGAAUGAUAAAGAGCACACUGCAUCUCAACACAUAGUCCCAGAUUCAGAAAAACACGCUGAUCACCGAUGGCAACGGCGCCUUGUGCUUUGUCAGGAACUGAGCAGAACCAGCGGGCUGGCGGGGAAGCAGAACAAGAGAAGCCCUGCAGUGACAGCUUUGGCCAUCUCCAGGAAUCACACAAAGCUCUUUGUUGGCGAUUCAUGGGGGAGGGUCUAUGCUUGGUCUGUUGAAGGCUGAAGUAAUAACCGAGCAGGAGAUCAAUGGCGAUGGAUUCCAUAAUGGAACUACGGCUUCCAGUGAAGAGUAAAUUGUCUGAAAAAGCACCUGCUCAGAGGGUUUCUUAUGUUUAUACACAUUUGGAAUAAUGUGUGUUGAGUCCAACUAAAUUAUAUCAAAACAGUAGACCCAGCAAAAUUCUAAUGGAAAAAUAUGACUGAAAUUAUAGAUGAAACUUUAUGGAUAUUAUGGAAAUUUCUGGAAAAUUAUAAUCUAUUUAGUGGGACAAUUUACAUUUGAAUGAAUUCACAGAUAUUAGACCAGGUCAUUUAUCAAAAUCCAGUUUUACAAAAUUUUAGGGGUGUGGGUGACUGAGAUCUGAUGAGUUUAUCUCCUCCAGUGUUGAGAAGGGAUCACUCCCUAAAACUCACCAAAAAUGGCCUGGAACAAACAUGCUGACAAAACAACACAAAAAAUUUUACUGUAAAUCCUUUGGAAAGGAAAUACUUGCAAAAACAAUUGGAUCUUUGAGAGGCAUUUAGACAGACACAUGAACAGGGAUAUGGAUCACGUGCAGGCCUUUGUAUGGUUUAAAUUGACAUCAUGGUCGGCACAGACAUUGGAAUCAGAUGUAUUAUCACUGACUUUUUUGACGUGAAAUGUGUUGUUUUGCAGCAGCAGUACAGUGCAAAGAUAUAAAAUCACUGUAAAUUACAAAAAUAAACAGUGCAAAAAAAAAGGAAUAACGAGGUAGUGUUCAUGG